CCAGGAGCUGAUCAGAGCACUUUCUCAGUCCUCCACUGUUUUGAGCCAGUGAUCUUCUCUCCUUGGAUCUUGUACACUCAAGAAACAGAAGAAAAAGCGGAUUGUCAGAAUCACUCAGAUUUGAUAUUCAGCACUGUUAUGAUCUCUUCAUUACUGGAUGUCGAGUCUAGAUAUCACAACCAGCGUAUUAAAGGACUCUCCUAUUAAUCUGAGGGACCAACUGAAGAUCAAUGAAAUAUCAAAAGGACUAACACAAACAGGAAAUCUAGACCUCUGAAAGUGAAAAGCAAGCAAACUGUCCUUCUUCUGCCCUUUCCUGAAAGCUAAAUGUCAUGGCUCUGCUGCUAGUGCCUGUGCAGCUGCUGGCGGUGGCUGUCACCAUUUACUUGGAGCUGGUGAGAUCCAUUCAGGGCGGUGUCUAUUAUGGGAUCAAGCAGUUGCCACCCCAGAUGCCCCAGUACCAAGCCCUUGGACAACAAGUACCUCACAUGCCACUGGGCAAAGAAGGCAUCCCAAUGCAGCACAUGGGCAAGGAGGUGCCGCACAUGCAGUACGGGAAGGAGUAUCCCCAUCUGCCUCAGUACAUGAAGGAGGUCCCGCAGAUGCCUCUGCUCGGCAAGGACAUGGCUCCAAAGAAAGAAAAAGAAAUGCCGGUACUCAGUCUGAGAGGUGAGCAAGGUCCCCCUGGUGAGCCUGGACCAAGAGGGCCACCAGGGCCACCAGGAUUACCAGGUCAUGGAGUGCCAGGAGCCAAAGGAAAACCGGGUCCACAAGGAUAUCCAGGAAUUGGGAAGCCAGGUUUGCCUGGCAUGCCUGGGAAACCAGGAGUCAUGGGGCCCCCGGGGCAGAGAGGGGAGAUGGGACCAAAGGGAGAGGUUGGGCCCAUGGGAAUACCUGGGCCCCAAGGACCACCGGGACCUCAUGGACUUCCUGGUAUAGGAAAAGCAGGUGCUCCAGGACUACCAGGACAACCAGGACCAAAGGGUGAGCCUGGGAUGAAAGGGCCCCCAGGAGCCCCUGGAAUCCCAGGGCCAAAAGGAGAAAAAGGCAUUGGGAUUCCUGGUUUACCAGGGUUAAAAGGUCCACCUGGAUUACCUGGUCCUCCAGGCCCAGUAGGACUGCCAGGGGUUGGGAAGCCGGGAAUGGUUGGGUUUCCAGGCCCUCAGGGACCGCUAGGUAAACCUGGCCCCCCAGGGGAGCAAGGGCUACAAGGGCCCCCGGGGGUACCAGGGAUCCAAGGCCCACCAGGCCUGCCAGGGGUUGGUAAGCCAGGCCAAGACGGCAUCCCUGGCCAACCUGGCUUCCCGGGUGGCAAAGGAGAGCAAGGUUUGCCAGGCUUACCGGGGCCCCCCGGCCUUCCUGGCGUUGGGAAACCAGGCUUUCCCGGACCCAAAGGUGAGCGCGGCGUGGGUGGCCUGCCUGGCCCCCUCGGGCCUAAGGGAGAGAAAGGACAUGUAGGGCCACCAGGCAUGGGAGGGCCUCCAGGGGAGCCGGGACAGCCAGGACUGCCGGGAAUCAUGGGCCCCCCGGGUGCCGUCGGCUUCCCAGGACCAAAAGGAGAAGGCGGACCUGUGGGGCCGCAAGGACCUAUUGGCCCAAAGGGGGAACCAGGCCUACAGGGAUUCCCAGGAAAGCCAGGUUUUCCUGGGGAAGGGGGGGCCCCCGGGCUUCGUGGGCUGCCGGGCCCCACAGGGCCCAAGGGUGAAGCUGGUCAGAAAGGCCUGCCGGGCCUGCCAGGCGUCCCAGGGCUUGUGGGGCCCAAGGGUGAGCCAGGGCUCCCCGGUGCCCAGGGGCUCCAGGGUCCCUCGGGGAUCCCAGGCAUUGCAGGACCCAGUGGCCCCAUCGGCCCCCCGGGGCUGCCGGGGGCCAAGGGGGAACCCGGCCUGCCCGGCCCCCCUGGCUUCCCCGGCCCCGUCGUCAUCCCACCCACACCACCGGCCAUCGGACAGUAUCUGCCUGAGGUGGGGCCCGGGGUCGACGGUGUGAAGCCCCCCUACGGCUACGCGGGCAAGAAGGGCAAGAAAGGCGGCGUUGUCUACGAGAUGCCCGCCUUCACCGCGGAGCUCCUCACCCCCUUCCCCCGGGUCGGCGUGCCCGUGAAAUUCGACAAGCUCCUCUACAACGGCCGGCAAAACUACAACCCGCAGACGGGGAUCUUCACCUGUGAGAUCCCCGGGAUUUACUACUUCGCCUACCACGUUCACUGUAAAGGGGCCAGCGUCUGGGUGGCUUUGUUCAAGAACAACGAGCCGCUGAUGUACACCUACGACGAGUACAAGAAAGGCUUCCUGGACCAAGCUUCCGGGAGCGCCGUUGUUCAGCUGAUGCCCGGAGACAAAGUUUACGUUCAAAUGCCAUCCGAACAGGCAGCAGGACUGUAUGCCGGGCAAUACGUUCAUUCGUCUUUUUCUGGAUAUUUAUUGUAUCCCAUGUAAAACAAAAAUCAGACCAAAAAACAAAGUAUCAAAACCUUUCUUCUCUGCUUCAAACUUUUAUACCAUGAAAGAUGCAUUUAAUGACCAUUUCGGACCAUCUUGUACAAAAAGAAUAAAUACAAAGUUUAACAUUAUGCACAGCUAGUUAUAAAAAAAUGGUGUGGUGAACAUAUUUAAAGAUGUGUAUCAGGUUCAUAAACAGUUGUUUUGUACCCAAUGGGGACAUAUUAGCUGUACGUUAUAUAUUUCUGUGAUACCAUGCUUACUUCAUUUCAUUCACAAUAAUACAGUACUAAGGUUCAAAUCAGUGUACAUCACUCACUCCUGUUGUGUAUUUGACUGAUGCAUUGAUCAUACUCAUAAGAUGAAAACAAUAACUUAAAAUAGAGUAAGUCAGCCUCAAAUUAUAUGGAAAAAUUUGAGUGGCUUUUUAUUUGUUGUCUUUUUUACAGCAGGACCGCCUGACAAGUAAAGGUUCUCUUAGCUGGAGAUCUUUAUUUCCCUUCCCCCCCAUAUAAAAUAUUCCUGCACUUUUCUCCUAAACAAUACAUGUAUGACGGAAAAUAAGCAUUGAUGGCCUAACUACUUCCUGAGCGCCUUCUCCAGCAGUCCUUGGCCUCAGACCACUGCCAUUGGCUUCAGCACACAUUGGACUCACCUCCAAGUGCAACAGCACUCAAAAAGCCUCCAUACGCAUUUGCAAAGUUGAAGUAGGCGAGGUAGCUCAGAGACAAAAUUUUCAUCUAAGGGUUUCAUGUUCCCUUUAUGCCAUGUGAUGAAGACAUUUUGGCCAACACAUGGCAAUAUAGCAAAGAGGUAUAAAUUUGCUUGGACUUCAGUACUUGUGCUAAGAACCUGCCAUCUAUUUGCCUUUUAAGAGGGUACAUGUAUUCUGCAACCCAGUCAAAAUCAAGUCAGUUUGCUCUUCAGUGACUAGCAAAGUGGCAGUAGCUGUUUGCUAAUUAACUAAUUUGCUAUUUGAGAUCAACCAAUAACUUUAGCAGCAACACUGAUCAUGCAAAUUGAUCCGAGAACUUCAUUUCAUGAAAAAGCUGAUUUCUGAUCCGCAUUUGUACGUUACCAAUUGUCUAGGAGAAUCCGCAGGCCUCAGACUUGUCUAUAUGUGGGGAAAUCUACUUUUAUGCAAGAACUCUCUGUUCAUCAAUGGUGCUAAUCUCACCUCAAAAGUAUUAAUUUAAAAAUAACAGUGUACUUUUCUGUGUUUCCCUGUACAGUGCUGCACAUCACACACUGUUAUGUUAGUUGAAAAAGUUAAAUACUCAUCACUUCUUCAGUGUCUUAGCUAACGCUAUCACUUUUGACUCAAAAUGAACUAGAAUUUUCAUGCAGAACUAAAAUUGGAUUUAACUGGCAUUACCAUUAUUUAAAUGCAGAGUUUAAUGCAGUCUUAACAUUGACUAAGGACUCCAGUGAUAUAAUGUGGUGCUUGAUCUCAGAAAUUUCAUGGAACGUUGGCAGGAACGGACAGUUUACCAGACAUUGGUGACUUCAGUGUGCUUCCAGAAUAUAUGAGAUAUGUCGAAAGCAAAUAAUUUUGUAUUUAAAAUUUUUGUACUGAUUUGAAGAAAAUAUCUUAUUAAAUAUCUUUAAAAAAAAAAAUUCUCUCUUCAUUAAACAGAACGGUUAAAAGGAACAUUCGACCCACUGAAUUCAUACAAUCAGACCACAAGGACCCUUUGAAUCCAUUAAACAAACCGAUAAGAAAAAAAUUACGACACCCUCAUUACCCCCGACUCUGCUGGCAAAACUUACCCCAAUGCUGCGGGAGGAAGAUAUUGCGCUGGCACUGCAUUUAGCAGCAGGUGGCGGCUGGGGAGCUGGGGGACCGCACAGAGCAAGGGGCUCCCUGCAGGCAGCCCACAGGUGCCGGCACGGCACGCAGCCCUUCUGGCGCACCAGCACGGAGCAGGCCGGCUCAAAAAGGAGCAUGGGAUGGGGUGGGGGGAGCUGAGAAGUCAGAGGCCUGCGGAGGUGCCUGAAGCGUUUGUACUCACCUCACUGACCAAAGGCAGCUUCUGGCUGCACAUGCCAGGAGCUGCACACUGUGUUCCCAGCUUUCUCCAUGAUUUGAAGACAACUUUUCCUGUUUUUCCUCUGUUUUUUCACCCAAAGCAAGAAGCUGGUGUGAAAGAGACAACCAAUCUGUCACUGAUCUAGGCUGCUACUCACCUGCAGACUAUAAGCCACAGUGCACCUCUGCCUGAUCUCACCUCAAAGACAGGCAUUUCCUCCAAGCUGUUGAACUCCCAGAAUGAAUGCAUUAAAUAUCCACUUGAGGCAGGCAAUUUUUUUCAGUCACCCUCAGGCUCUCUGAAGCCAGUGGCUAAGCAUCUCCUCUCUCCUCUCUAUCUCAUUUUCACAUGGCAAGGGGAAAGAAAACAAAAGAUCAGCAAAGUAUCCCAAUCAGUGUCUUCUGCUUGAUCCCCAUCUGAAGGCUUGCAUCACACGUCAUCUCCUCUUUUAAAAGUCUUUUAGCGUUUCCAGUAUGACAGGUAAGGUUAAAAAGCCCAUUACUGUCAAGACAUCACUAUCAAGAGGAUGCUCUUGAUUUUACCCACAAAUAUACAUCCCAGCUUUGCUUUUCCUCAGCCUGGAGUGAUGUUUCCACUCCUAGUGCAGCGUGACCUAUCCGGACUGCAAGAUUUUCAGUCCUGUUUGCCCUACCCACUGCAAAAGUUUGUUCUGAAACUUGAUAACACAUCUAACAACAGUAUAUUUACUUCACACAGCACUAAUAACGGGCCUGGACACACACACACAACUGACCUUGCAAGAAUAAGCCUGAGGGCAACAUCUUUAAGACAAUUUAUUCAAAGGAAAAUAAUCUCUUUCCAUCUGUAACAUUCAAAGUUUCACUUGAAACAACUUUUAAGAAUGUCUUCAAAAUACAGUUGGCACUUUAAAGGCAUAUAAAACUUAAGACAAAUGGUAAAUAAAAUAAUGAAGUAUUUAUUUUUACUGAAAACAGAUGUUGAGCCUCAUGUGUUCUUAAAAAUCAGAUUCUGCUUAAAAGUUAAGAUAAUUAUACUGCCUCUCAGGGUAUUUUUAAAAGAAAAACAAUGUAGCAAACAAGAGAUACGACUCACUGAUUAUUAAACACCGAAGCCGUGAGCCUGUAUUAGCAUCAACACAGAGUCACUAGAAAUGUGAUUUACUAAGAUCUUUUAGGCACUCUCAGAUUCACAUUUAGUGCAAUAACCUGUGACCUUCUUUCUUAAGUCAUAUCUCAGUACUUCCCUUAAUUACUAUGGCAGAGAAAUAAAAUACUUUCCUGACAGCACAAAAAGGGAAACACCCUAAAAACUUGAAUCAACAGCACUUUUAGUCAAUACACGUUUUCCUGUUGAUGUUAAGUCUAUUUUGGUAACUGAGAGCUGAGUCUUCGUGACGGUGCUGCGUCUUGGGAGGAAGAGAGUGGUGGAUAAAAUACAGGAGCAUCUUUGACUGUAAGAUGCUACCGACUUGACAUUUAGCAGACCACUGGAGAACAGGAAAAGAGGAAGAAGGCGUGAGUCCAUCUGACUCCACAGCUGAUACAGAAAGAUCCAUAGGAGAUACCUGGUACCUAACACAUUUGGCUGUUACCAGAUGAGAAAAUAAAGUUCACAGCAUCCUGGAAAUCAAAAUUUGACAGCUUCACUACUGAUGUUGUAAUAAUCAAAACAAUGAGCAGCUUUUAAAAGGCAAAUUUCAGUGCAGAGAUUUUACCUUCAGGACCAUGAAAAUGGAAAAACAGAAAGUCUUUUAAUAGCAACUAACUCUCAGAAAAGACCAGAGUAUUUGGAGUUAGCCUUAUUGCUUUUUCAAUAACAGUCCCAAGGCAAAUCUUUGGUUUUGCAAAUUACUUUGAAAAACGUGUACUCAGGUAAAACAGACACCAUGAACUGCAGACAUUAUUGAUAAACACACUAUGUAUAGUUAGCUAUUUUUCCCUAUGCAAAAUGGGUGUAAAAAGAUACCUUUUCUCCGGGCAGAGCAGCAGAAACGACCACAUGAAGUGGAGGAUGCUGAUGAAGCAGGACUGGUGUAUACAGAAGCCUAUCAAAACAUCUUACAGAGGAAAAAAAUCAGUUAGCUCACCGCUUAUUACCAAAAAUAAAAAACCUACUAGCCUGUAAACCAUACAGUGUUCAAAAGACACUACCCUUCAGUUUAUAACCAACUCUUGGCUCAGUCUCAAGUGAACAGGUCUGUCUAAACAUUUCUCAAAAAGUCACUACAUGACACUGACCUCAGUGCGCGCAGACUGAGCAUUCUUGCAGGGGCAAUAGAACGGGUGGGAAGAGAAGAUACAUAGAUAUCUCCAACAAAAAUAGGUAUGUUUAUUAAGAAAUAUAAAGGAGCAGCCAAGAGGGAUAAAUGCCUGAAGACAACAUACUAAAUACAUUGGGGAAAAAUAUAAAAAACAAAACAAAAAAACCCGACCCUUACACACCAAAAAAAGCUGAUGCAGUAAAAAUAAGACUAAGGAGGCUAACAUAAGUAAGAAGAGUUUAGGGGCACAACUUGUUUGUCAAAGUCUUUUUUCCUCAAUUACUUGGUGAGGGUUCUAACUGUAACAGAACGUAACCAAAUGAAAUUGCAGAAAACUUCCCUAGGAAAACAACAGGAGAAUGAAUCAGUAGGUUAACGGGGAAAAAAUAUCUCUGGAGAGGAAAUAAAGCAGAAGAAUUAAUCACAUCUUCAAGAGAAGAGCUUGCUCCCCAUCUCCUUCUGCAAAGGACAUGGACUUGAGAAACAAAGGGAAGCACCAUCCCGAGAACCAGCCACUGUGAGGACAGGGCAAGUUAAAGAGCUCUCCAAGAAAAAAAAAAAAAAAAACUCCCAAUUAACCUACUGGGUGAUGUUACAUGGGUCCAGCCAUACCCUCUGAUGCAGGGGCAGGCAGUGGAGAGCUCUGCAGCACUGGGGAGGACUGGGAAGCCUGGCUCUGCAAGAGGCCACGCAUUUCUAGGGGGAAGCUAGAGUCCUCCAUGCAGCCUGGCUCUGCUCUCAGGACAGUGGGAGAUCUACCAGGGACCUCUGUGUAAAGAGAGCUCCACCAGCACCGUGACCUUUGUGAAAAACCUUACCUUGGCGUUCCUUUCAUAUACAAUUACUAUCGUCAGCAGUCUAAAGCACUGCAGUUCUGGUCCUGUAUAAUCACAUAGGAACCUUUUUAAUUAACUGAAGUAAUCACCAUAAACAAACGCUGGUAAAGCUCAUGACAGUGAUGUAUAUUUUCUGGUGAAGACGCACCUAUUUAUAUUCAAAUUUGCAAGGGAAGACCUCCUCAAAGCCACAGAACAUGUAUUUUUGAGGGGAGGGGGCGGGGGUAGGAAACAUGAAAAAUUGAACAAGAGCCCUUCUGCCCAUCUUGUGAAGAAAUGCCGCUUUCCUCCACUUCCACCGCUGUAGUCUCCUGCCCCAGCUGCCCCCCAACACCUCCUGCACAGCCUUCCCUCUGCUCAACGAGAAGCAACCCCGGUGUGGUGACAGCGUCAGGGGCUGUGCCCAAGGUACACGUGGUCGUGCCCAAGGCAUGCGUCCAGCUGGCAGGAUGCUCAGAACUGCUGCACUCGUGGCACAGCCCCACAUUGGGGACCCGUUUGGGUCCCCUCCCCUACCUCCGAUUAUGACAUCUGGCAUAAUUUCAAAUAUGUCAAAUUCACUUGAAACUGGCCAAAGUUCAGGAGUCAUUAGGUGAAAACAUUAUAUGACCGCGCAAGCCUCCUCUGUUUCAGCUGUGACUCCCCUCCAAGUCACACUGCACUCAGGUAACUCCCAAACAGCAGAGCUAAGUAACUAAGAGAGAGAUUAAAAGAACUACAGGAAGUUUCUAAAUACCCGUCUCACUCUGCAAGACAGAAAUAGGGAAAUGUAAGAUGAGGUCACAUCAGUGCUUAUUCCUUUACACUGCUGCAGCAGGGGAGUUGUGUUCAGCACUCUCGUAAUCGUCAGCUUCUCAAAAACCCAGCACUGUGCUCCUGACCUGCUAGAGGCUUGUAUUCAUGUUUUUAAGUUCUUUACACUGCUCCUAAGCGUACUAAAGCUCUCUGCAUCAUUUAUAAUAAAGCAACAAAGGUUAUUCUACCAACUUUAAAGACUUUUUUGAACUUUGUGCUUUCUUUAGAUGAUUGAUCAAAAUAACCACAAGAUCUUCAAACAAACCUGCCACCAAAAAAAGGAAAAAGAAAAAAACAAACAUAUACACCUUAUGAGAGUAUUAGAACAGCAUGUUACUUGUUCACUGCAUCUUUGAUAGCUGUCAAGGACAUUCCCAGGCUGAUUUAAACUUAGAUAUUCAGUAAGUUUGCCCGAGACAAAUCUAUACAGGAAACAUAACUGUCCCAUUAAAUAUCUCAGUUAAAAUCCCGAGUAAAUUCCCUCCGCUAAGUGAUUUAGUUCAGCCACAUCCUUUAAACCUAAACGUCAAUACAAAGGAGAGGUAAACAGCAGCCAAACCAUAAUUCAAGCUGUUGUACAUCUUUGACAUUCCCUAGCAUACACUACUGCAAAAAAUGGGAACGUUCAUUGCUCAUAUUGAUGCGUUUCAAAGCUGGAAAGGCAUUACAGCAUCCAAAAAAUGAGAUUAUGCUGGUUUGGAAAAAUAUAUCUCGAUUCUUGGGGAGAGAGCAGAAAGAUACAGUGGAUCCUGUCACGGAGACCUAGGAAUCUGACAAAUGCGAUCUCUUAAUUUAAGUUCAAGUGUAAACUUCUCAGCUCCAGCUCACGUUCCUGUUGCGGUUUGAGGGAAGUGACAGAUCCACAGAUGGUAUUAAGAUAAAUCUUCAGUCUUCAUUCUCUAAGUCAACCCACCAGCUGUAAAAUUUACUGGACGCACAACAGGGGGAAUAUGGUUGUCCAUAGGCUGGUACAUGAA